GACAUUUACAAGAGGAAAGUUUAAAGGCUCUGGUAAACGAACACAUUCUGAAUGAUGUAAAAGUUGUACAGAAGUUAGGAGGUUCAAAAACAAGUACACGGAAAACCAGAGUAUGGAUAGUUAUUAUGUAUUUCUAGUUAACUAACCAAUCAUGCGCACUACGAUAUUUCUCAACAACGUAGGUGCAUGCGCAGUACGUCAAGAAAGGGAUUGGCCAGAAUCAACUGGAAAGUAGCUUGCCUGUUCUAGAGAAAAGACGGUGAUAUACAAUACUUCAAUCCACGCGUCUGACACACUCCAAAGUUCGCAUAUUCCGAGAACAGUUCGACGCUGGUUUUCCUGCUGUUACUAUUAGUUAAUGCUGGUUCGUUGUUGAAACGGUCUUUUGAGUGGCAACGUCCAGGCAAGAAACUAGUGGUGAUCGACAUCCCGCUGAUCUGUCGCCUGUAAACGAGGACACUCACAUUCCGUAAGUUCGGUUUGCCCAGUGUUCGUGAUCUCGCAGAGACACCUCACGGGACAUACUUGUCAUAUUCAUAAAAUAAAGUUUGGGGAAUUAUUAUAGACCAGAAACGACUUUCCACUGACAUGUCAUAAUGGAUACAUCCUCAAAAUAUCUCAAAUUCUGAGAACAAGCUACAAUUUGCUGAAAUCCAAGUGGAAUCGCGUACGCGAGUUUGCUGAAUAAUCGUUUGCUCGCGACCCUCAAGCAAGCUACAAGCUUGUGUACUAAAAUACCUGGCUGAAGAAGAUGUCUGCUAGCCUCAAGUAACCGUGGAAUUCUCUGUUUCGCCUGACCAGGUGUGAAGGGGAGGUAUCCGAAGAAGAAAAAAAAAGGUAAUUUCAACGCUCUAACGUCGAGUUGCUAGCGCACCUGCGUUUCGGAGUGGCCGUACGCACGUCUUAAGUUUAGAGAAGCAAGUGUUCUCUGGUUGAUGUGCGCGUCACAAGUGCUUGGACGGUUCUGAUGUUUAGGUUGCUGGUUACAGUGAUUUAUGAAGUUGAAAAACGUCUGUGUACCUCACUUAUGUGCCGGUGACAGAAGCUUUUGUGUGAUAUUAACUGUUAGUCGAAGUUCACUUGGAUAGUACGCUUACCCCUCAUGAGGCCACUAAAGGGCCAAGCUCAAUUGUCGUACCACUGACCGAAGCGCCGGACCUGGAAGGACGUUGAUCACGACCUUGACCAUGCUCCGGCAUUGCGGGGCUUUGCAGGUGUUAUUCAUCUCCUUGGUCCUGGCCGAGCUGUGCAAGGGGAUGAUCACCGUUGGGGAUCGAACACCACUCGAUUCCGGCUCUGCGGUUGACAAGCAGCGUUUGGUGGAGGCCUUCGAAUCCCGUUUGCUCAACAUGCUAGGAUUAAAAUCAAAACCGAAACCCAGAACGAACGUUAAGGUUCCAAACUACAUGUUAGAUCUUUAUAAACAACAAGCAGAAGAUAUGGAUGAUGAAGACGGUUACUUAGAAGACAAACUAAAAACGACCAAAAGACGUAGUCCAUAUACGACAAUACGUAGCCACGUUCACCAAGAGUCCGAAAAAGAGAAUAUGUACGAUCCGAAGCUCAUCAAUCUGAGGUUCAACAUCGUAUCAAUACCAGUUACGGAGCAACUAAAGGAAGCAGAACUCCGUGUGUAUAGACGCAGUCUCGAUGUGCAAACACAACAUUGUAAGAACUGCCACAAGCAGAUAAUUCGAGUGUUUGACAUUGUUCGUCCCGCCACCCCUCGCAAAGAAGCCAUUUUGAGGCUUAUUGACACAAGGACUUUGGAUGUGCGACAUUCUGGGUGGGAAGAAUUCGAUGUGCUUCCUGCCGUGGAGAGGUGGCGGGGAAACCCCACAAAAAACUACGGGUUGUAUCUCGAAGUGAUUGCUUUGAAUGGUAGUGACAGUAGUCAUGAACACGUGCGUUUAAAGCGCUCACCUCACGAGCGUAUGGACAGUGAACAGUGGACAGAAGAGCAACCGUUCCUUGUCACCUACUCAGAAGACGAGGAAGCCACACGAUCCGCGCGCGUUCGGCGAGGUAGUCGCAAACACAGAAGGAAAGGCCACAAAAUUAACUGCCACCGAAAGCCCAUGUAUGUGGACUUUUCUGACGUAGGGUGGAACUCAUGGAUUCUUGCCCCUGUUGGCUACGAAGCUUACUACUGCGAGGGAGAAUGCCCCUAUCCCUUGGCAGACCACUUGAACACAACAAAUCACGCAAUUAUCCAAAAUCUUGUGAAUUCUGUUAAGAAAGAAAUGGUACCACCAGCUUGCUGUGUGCCCACAGAGCUGUCUUCCAUAUCUCUCCUGUAUAAGGAUGAAUACGAUCAAGUUGUAUUGAAAAACUACAAGGAAAUGGUAGUGCAGGGAUGCGGGUGUCGUUGACUUUGCUGUGUUACAUGGGCUAAAAUAUCACUUUGAGUUUUGCAAUAAAAGUAUGCAAAUUAAUCGGUCAACGUUACGAGACCGUUCGCUCUAAUGGGCUAUAUAUAAGACAGUCCAUUUUGAUGCCUAUUUAUAUCUUAUCAGGCUCGCACAGCUGUUAUUUGCUUGCCAUGAAAAAUACUUACUGAUUGCCAUGAACAAUGGAAAAAAAAACAUCACCUGCACCCAAAGGAUUACUCAAGUGCGCAGUUGAGUUGACCAGCGAUUAUGGCUAGUUUCUGUGACAAUAAAGAAGCCCUAAAGUGUGCACCCUGAAACCGAGCACCUUCCACGGGCAGAAUAAUCACUGUUGUUCUAAGAAAUGAUGUUUGGUUGUUUUGAUUGUUCAACAAAUAAGGAUUAAGUUGUAGCCAAAGUUUUCACUUUAAAUGAACAAGAUGUUUCAUUGUAACAAGUACACGGAGUGACAUGACCACUGUUUCAUUUUAUGUCAGUGGGAGUGAUUAUAAUUUCAGCUUGAAUAAUGUGUAAUUAUUUUUGUACAAAAGAAGGUAACAGAUGCGAAGCUAGAAUUAUACAAAAAAUCGUUUCAUAACUUUUCUGCUAAUCGAAUUUACUGAAUAGAUCAUUUAUAAACGCUAAAAUAAGAAACAUGUAUUGUUUGUAAGAAUAUGUCCACUAGUAAUGGUAUCUUAGAUUUUCGUAAAUUCACUGAAAUUUCAAUGUAUUAAUAUCUAUAGUAUUUUUUUAUUUUGUUUAGAUAAACAAACAAAACUUACCUGAUAGUUUCCACAUCCAUAUAGUACACACACACACACACACACACACACACACAUAUAUAUAUACAUAGAGAGAGAGAGAUAAUUCUUAACAAUAUUAGAUGCGGAAAGCUUUUCUAUUUUUUUUAUUCUACUACCUGUUACGCAACAUUAAUGUUCACAUUCCAAACACAAUAUCAAAUUUAAAUUCGCACAUCUAAUUAAAACUCGCCCAUGUUCACACAGUCGUAGAUUAGCCUUCAAAUUUGACUCUCUAUUUUCACCAGCACACAAUUCAAAGGUCGUUGUUGAUACAACACAACUUUUAUUACUAUGUGUUCUUAACUUAAAGUGGCAGUAGGUUCAGUUCAACCAAUGAAAAGACGCAAUAAGUAUAUGUUUUUAUAUAAGUAUGUUAUUUUUUACUUAUAGUUUCUGCGGUGGCAUUAUUUAACAUUCGGUAUUAACAAAAUAUGUAUAUACCUAAUGUAUUAGACAGAUCAGUAAAUCAGUCAUACACUAUAGAAGAUGGCAGAAUCCUAGAGGCUUACCAAAAGUAAAAACCCCUUCUUUUGGCUAACGUUUCAGGACCAAUUCAAACACCCAACAGAAAAUACGAACAAAACAACACUACAUAAUCAAUGCCAUAAAGAUAACACCAACGGAGAUUAUUGGAUCAACUUUUGUAUCUGUCUGUUAUAAUGACUUUCUGAUGACUAUUCAUUAUAAUAGUCAAUUAUAUAUAUUUUUUAUUAUGUAAUAAGCACAGUUCGGCAGAGUUUUUAGCAACGAAGAAAUUCAUAGACCUGAUAAAUAUUGUAUGCUAAUUUUUCAGAAAUGUAGUUAGUUGAUUCAUGACUUUUAAAAGUACAAUUAACUUCUCUUUUUUUAUAAAAUAUUUAUGUAAUAUUAAAUGUACAAACGUGAAAUGGAAAGCUCGUAAGAAUCGUAUUGAAAGUUUCCUCGUUCCUUAAUAAAAUAAAAAACUUGCACUUGAGAAUCAAAUUAGGUAUUUUAAGAUUUUUAUCAAAAAAAAAAUAUGAUAUUUUUUUUAACUGUAUAACUUAAGUAUUGUAUGAUCCUUUAAGAAUAGAUCUGCUAAAACAUACAAACAUUUUUGUUUAAGGGCAUUAGUCAAUUAUGAUAUACAGAUAAAAUAUUUUCAGCAGUUUUUAUUUACCGCCAGAUGCCUUACAGUCGUAAAUCUGAAGUGAUAUGUUCAGUUUACAAGAAGAGGAGCAGCAACACAGAGAUUUGAAAUUGAAAAAAAAAGAACCUAGUAUUAGAAUGUUUUCUUCAAGUUUCUCUUCACAUGUUUAAAUUAUUGAUUUUAAUGUAUAGUUUUUUGUUUACGUUUGUUUUAUCUAAACAUGAUUAUACCAAGGUUUUGUAAUUUUGUUAGAAUGUAUAAAGAUAGUUAAAUAAAUUAUACUAAAGGCUAAAAUAUUUGUUGAAAUACACUAAAUUUCAAUAGCAUUUUAGUAAAUCAAUAACAAAAGCAGGUGUGUGUUUGCAACAGUUUUAAUAAGAUUCCAAACUUUCUAUACUUUCCCUUAAAGUUUUCAACUGCUACCAUGGUUUUGUCAUAACUGUUUAGUUUACCAGCUGUCGCUAUGGUUAUUUAACUGUGUAGCUUCAUGUUUUUCAGUGAUUUUUUUUACGGUUUUUUAGAACAACGUGUAUAUAUUUUUUAAUAUGAUUUGUAAUAUCUUAGAAAAAGUUCAAAAGCAAAUUUUACAAACUGUUAGUCAUAAUCUUUUAUAAUUCCUACUUUUUGCAAGAGUUAUAGGAUCUCUUGUUUUCUUUUUCGGGUGGCUUCUCGUUCAUUAUCAAUGUAUAACCAUAUUAACAAAAGAAAAAAAAGCCCCAAAAAAAAGUCAUGCUGCAUGAUGUUUAUAACCAAUAUUUCAAAAAUAUGUCACAGGUUACUUUGCUAUAGUUUGAUUAAUACUGUAGCCCCAUUAUGGUGAGUAGCUAACUACUAGAGUGAGAGACUCAAGCGUGAUAUACAUAAGAACUUAUAUGAAUCAAUGUUCCAUAACCUUUGCAAUUUUUUCAUGCAGUUAAUUAACGUGGUAUUCUUUUUAUCUUUAUAUGAUUAAUAAUUAUAUUUAAUAUUUUAUGAACAAAUCAUACAUGGUGUGUGGUUGAGCACGACCUGCUUAAAUUUUUUCAAGAGUAGGCGUUACAUAUUUAUUAAACUCCUUUAGUUUCAUUGUUAUCAUGAAAGCACAAGUUUAUACGAGUUUUAACGCUUGAAAGUUUUAUUUAUUGCUUAACCUGUGAAUGCUUUGUAAAUGGGUGUUUAAAUAUCGUGGCAUAUGUAAUUACAGAGAAAAAUAUUUAAGUCCUACUUGUAUAUAGGAAAUAUGCUUUGUACAUAAAACGCUCUGCUCAGUACCCGUCCAUGUUGUAAUGUACUCAGAACAUCAAUCCCAGAAAUUUUAGAAACUGUUUUAGUUAUGAAAAUGGAAAAUCAAUAAAGCAUGUCUUUAGGACUAGUCACUGGAC